CAUGUGCGUUUGACAGCAAUUUGUUGUUGUUUUGAUUGUUACAUAAAAAUAUCGCAAAGUGCAGAUAAAAAACUCAAAUUCCUGGCACGGAUUCCGCUGUCCCUCAAUGGAAAACCCGGUAGAAUCGAAGCCGGUCCUCGCGAGCCGCGAACUCUCCGAAGAGGAGCGAAAAUAUCGCUACCGAGCGGGUGCCUUUCUGGCGGGUGUGGCCGGAAUAUCGGCGAUUGCCGGCUUCAGCAAAACCAUCAUGACGGCGAAAAAGACCGAUCCGCAGUACUUCGAGAAGGGCGUCCAGGGCAGUUUGGCGAUGCAGGAAACGGGGGCCAACCUGGCGAUGAGGGCGCUCGGGUGGGGAACGUUGUACGCGUUUCUUGGCACCGGGACGAUUUGCUUUGCCAUCUGGAAGAUGACGGGGGCGACGAAUAUGAAAGAGUUCCGCGAAUCGAUCGGUAACGUCCUGCCGAGGUUACCAAAGAGCGAUCCACCCCGGAGUCGAACCGAGUUCGCGGGCCUCACGGAUCUGAUGCAGUACCUGACGACUUGGGGCAAGGAGGACAAAUAAUCAAAAUUUGACUAACGAUUAAGAGUAACUGCAUUGUUUUAUUUCGCUUUUUUUUCUUCUGUAAAUAUAAAGAUAGUAGGUCGUAAACACUAAAAUUACACAACACUGAUAAACGAAAAUGAAGAAA